AAAAAAUUGAUAAUGAAAAUUUAAGAUUGAUGAGAGUGUCAGCAAUUGGAAACAAAGAAUAUAAAGAAUUAAUUAAAAUUAAAGCUCUUUUCGAAGAAAAAUUUAAUCAUUUAAAUUCAGAAAUAAAUACACUUAUCGUUAAUCUAAAACAAGCUCUUCAAUCCGCAGCAACAUCACAUAUGAAAAAAAAAUUGGAAUAUGAGAAAGAAAUAAAAAUUCUAGAAAUACUAGUUGAAAAUCUAAAAAAUGUUUACUACAAAAGAUUUAAAAAAAACUUAGAAGAGAUAGAAAAAGAAAAUGAAGUGAAUGAUUAUAAAUUUCCAUCCAAAGCGGAAAAGAAAAUGGAAAUUAUUGCUGAAAUAUUAGAAAAUUUAGAACAGAAAAUAUUAAUACCU